AUGAAACGAAUAUUAUUAACUAGUCUUGAAAAUGUUAAUACAAGUGAUAAAGAAACUCAAAUUGAUCAUAUAUCUAUGCUUAAAGAAUAUGAUUUAAUACAUUAUCAACAACAACAUCCUGAUCGAUUUCUUGAAAUGCAACGAAUACGAAAAAAUUCUGAAACAUCAAAUUCUGCAUAUAGUGCAAUCGGUCGUGAACGUCGAGAAAGUGAUCGUUUUCGUAAUGAAUAA